AUGGCAGAAGUCCAACAGGACGAACAGGACCCACAGUACCAAUUUUUCCUCUAUCUUUUCUUGUCGGAAGAAGCUUUAGAGGUCCAAGUCACCAACGACUCCUCUAUUACCAAUGUUGAUGAAGUAGUGAGGCAAGACCCCAUGUUAAAGCGAUUCGUCGGUUACAAAGAUGAUAUUACCAAACCCAGAUUUAUCGACAUGGGCCGACAGGGCUUUGUCUUCCGGUUCAAGUACAGGGAACAAGACCUCUGCCUGAAGGUGUUCUAUCCAUAUAAAGCACCAUACAAUGUUCACAAGGAAGUAGAAGCUUUCAUCAGCCCGUUUGGAUGUGAAUCGCGUGCAUUUGCUCGUCUAUGCGACCUGCGCGAAAAUGGCCACUGGGCGGUGCGGUGUCAUGGAUGGAUGUACCUAACGGACUCCCAGCUUCAGCAGCUUCGGAGAGUAUGUGGACGACGGGUGGGGAAUGACCCAUAUUGGGGUAAUGCCCGGUGGGCUAUCGUGAAGGACUUUAUCGCUGAUAAGCCACCGAGCCGCCAAGAUGAACAAUUCCAAAAUAUCCUUUCGAAUUUUUGCAUUCCAAAGCGUGGCGGUAUCCUGCCUGACGAUGUCAAGAAGGAAAAUUAUAGAGGGGACCGGAUUGUGGAUCUGGGAUCUACUAUUACGUUCCCUUUCUAUCGUCGUUAUGCCCAGGCAGAGGACUUGGAUAGGUUCUUCAAGGAGUUGGACCAAUAUGAAUUACCUGAAUGGGACAAUUCUAAUGAGUGA